AAAUCCAGAGAGGUUGUGUCGACGAUGGCGUCCGACAACAGCACGGAAGAUCAGUCCUUAUUCGUCGAUUCUGGCCAUCAUUUAAAUAUUAGGAAGUUUGGAUGGCUAAGACGCCAACUUCCUGCUGGAUGGUCCAUUAUGAAAUUGCUGUUGUUAACCACCUGUGCUGUUUAUUUCAUCUUAUUCAUCCAGUGGGGCAACCACCAUUUUCCACAACACGUGAACACGGGAUAUUCAGUUCAGGCAAUGGCAGAUCGCGGGACGUGCUGUCUUUCUUCCGAUCACUUGCAGGAUAUCUGCGGGAGAACCAAUUGCACGUUGCCUUGUCCAAAACCAAAGCCUUCGGUUUUUGAUGACCAUCCAAGAGAAUCUAUUGUCGAUCACAAUCAAAAUGCAUUUUUCAUUGAGACGUCGGGCAGUGGUUCGUUGACUAUUCGACAGACUUGCGCAGUGGAAUCGCUGGCCUUGCACAAUCAGAAUUUGACAGUCAACGUCCUUUUUGUGGACGUGCCAAUCAACACGAGCGUCCUCGUUUUGCAGCAAUUAAAAGAGAAAUACAGCAACAUUCAGCUAGUCAGUAUUGACUUGGACGACUACUUAGCUGGAACGGUGCUGGAACAUUGGUAUCACUGCACGGAAUGGAACAAGGGCUCGUUUUACGUCAACAAUUUGAGCAAUGGCCUUCGUUUGUUAACGCUGCAAAAGUACGGUGGCUAUUACUUCGAUCUGGACAUCAUCUCCGUCCGCCCAGUGACGUUCUAUCGCAAUUUUGUCGCCGUGCAAGAUGCCACUAGUUUGAACAAUGACGUCAUCCAUGCAGAUCUGAAAAAUCCAUUCAUCGAAAUGGCCAUUCAAGAUUUUGUCUUGAAUUUCAAGGCCGAAAUUUGGGGACAUAAUGGACCGUCCUUGAUUACACGCGUUUUACGAAAAUGGUGCAACGUUACGGAUAUCGAAUCGAUGGAUUACGUCCCCUGUCGAGGUUUCAACGUCCUGCCGACAACAUCGUUUCAUCCGGUUCACUACGGUCAAAUGAAAACUUUAUUUGUUCUGCCGUCGGCGAACGAAACCGGAGCUCGUCUUAGCUGGCUGACGGAGACAGUGAUUGGAGUUCACGUUUGGAACAAAUUAAGUAAAAAUCAACCGAUCUACAAGAAUUCGACGCAAGACUAUAUUCGAUUGGCUCGUGCCCAUUGCCCUAAUGUUUUUUCUGCAGCUCCCGAUGUUUUUUAAAGACUAAUUUUCAUCAACUGCAUCUCAAUAUUUCAUUUCAAUUUUUAACAAUUAAAGUUAGAAACCUAAUUUUAGAGCUGAUUUUUUUUGUCAGGCAAAUGAAUAGCCUGUUUAUUGAUAACAGGUCGAUGUGCUGAGGGAAUUCAGGAUCAAUGGUAAUCCAUCACAUUAUUGCAGAUGUCAUUAUACAAAAGAUUAGUGGCCUGUGAAAGAGCUGAAUAACCCGUAUGAAUAAAGUCGUUGCAAUCUG